AUGAACGUACCGAGUGUUGAAAAGUCGUUGAAGCAGUAUGAAGUGUACAAGUUUACACUUUCGGAACAGUACCGAAAAACUGCUCUCGAUGAACUCCGGGAAAGUGAUGAAACUCGGCGCCAGGCGUUGGAACAAUUGCGCGAGUGGGUCGUGAAAAAUCCAGCAAUUUUAGGAUGUCGAAUGGAUGCUUUGUUCCUUUUGCGAUUUCUACGCGUGCGUAAAUUCAACCAUCUUCAAGCAUGUGAAACCCUGGAACGGUAUCUUGUGAUGAAUCAGCGUUAUCCUAAAUGGUUUAGGAAAUUGGACACUGCAGAACCAUGGGUGGACGAAAUGAUUGAGGAUUGGCCUCUACUUCCGCUGGGUUAUGAUAAAGCUGGCAGGUUGGUAUUAUUAGCCAAGAUGGGAAACGUUAAUCUGGAGCGUUUUACAAACGCGGCACUAGUGCGGUUGUUUACGAUGGCCAUGGAAACUUAUUAUGACGAAGAAAAAGUCCAGAUUACCGGAACUGUUCAUAUUUACGAUGACACUGAUAUCACGAUGGGUCACAUAGCGCAGUGGCCAAUAACGGAUAUUAUCGCCUAUAUGAAAUGCGUGAAACAUUCUUUUCCUCAGAGAAUAAGGGAAAUCCAUUUGCUUAAUAUGCCGAGAUAUGCUGCUGCUACUGUGGAAUUGUGUUUAAACCUUCUGAGUGAGAAAAUGAGAACACGCUUUUAUCAACAUCGGUCGGUGAAGGAUAUGACGAAAAUCGUAGAUCAAUCCAUUCUCCCUAAAGAAUAUGGAGGUAACAUUCCGAUUGAUGAGUUGCAGAAACAAUUCAGACAACGGUUGACUAAGUAUCGGGACACAAUCUUAGCUCUGGAUCAGAUGGAGGUGGAUGAGUCUAAGCUUUCCCCGUUUUCGAAGAACGACAACUGGUUGGAGAAUGACUCUGGAGUUAUUGGCAGUUUUAGGAAGUUGAACGUAGAUUAGCACUGAGGUGAAAUUA